AUGAAAGCAAAAGCAGAGCGCGACUCCCUGCCCUUUUUACAAAUUUGCACAAAAGAAGUUUCAAAAGUGACUAGAUAUAUUUGCGAUGAGUUGAGGGUUCAGCUUUCUAUGUUUUUAAGCUCUUGUUUAAUCAAAAGAAGGUGCUUCUUGAAACGUAGUUUUCAUUUGGGUAACAGCUUUUUGAACCCAAGUUCUGAUGAUAUUGUUUUCAGAGCUAUUUGUGUUAAUCUCAAACAUAGGAGAUGGAAUUUCUUGGAACAAAAUUUGCUGACUCUAACGAGUCCUUUAGUGAGUCGUGUUGUUUGCGCGUUUCAAAAGUCGCCUCAGUUAGCCCUGGAGUUUUACAAUUGGGUUCGAGAGAAGAAGAGUGCUUUGCACUCGUUGGACUCUUCUUCCUGUGUAAUUCAUGUGUUAGUUAAUUCGAGGAGAUACGAUGAUGCCUUGUGUCUCAUGGGGAGUUUGAUGACUGUAAAUGGCUUAUCUCCUAUGGAGGUUCUAGAAGCAUUGAAUAAUAGUUAUCGAAUGUGUGAAUCGAGUCCUGCUGUUUUUGAUGCAUUGAUUCGUGCUUGUACUCAAAUUGGGGCUACCGAAGGUGCUUAUGAAGUGAUCAAGAAGUUGCAAGUAGAGGAUUGCUGGGUUACAAUUCAUGCUUGGAACAACUUUUUGAGCCAUCUCUUAAAGUUCAAUGAGAUUGGUAGGUUUUGGAUGGUGUAUAAGGAAAUGAUUUCUUAUGGAUAUAUGGAGAACAUAUAUACUUUCAAUUUGGUUGCACAUGCUCUUUGUAAGGAUUAUAAGUUACAAGAAGCAAUGUCUCUGUUGUACCGAAUCCUAAAGAGCGGUACUUGGCCUAAUGUUGUUACUUUUAACAUGAUAGUAGAUGGAGCUUGCAAGAUGGGUGACAUGGACCUUGCCUUGAAGUUCUUUAGGAAGGUGGAAAUAAUGUCUGCAGGUUCCAUUAAGCCGAAUUUGGUAACUUAUAACAGUCUCAUCAAUGGGUUUUGCAAAAUAGGGAGAAUAACUUGGGCAGAAGAACUUAGGAAUGAAAUGAUGAAAACGGAUAUUAAGCCUAAUGUGAGGACCUAUGCAACGAUGAUUGAGGGGUAUUCACGAGCAGGGAGUUUGGAGGAGGCACUUAGGUUAUGUGAUGAAAUGGUGGAAAGGGGAUUGCUACCGAAUUCUGUGGUGUACAACUCAAUUAUGCAUUGGCUUUACAUGGAAGGAGAUGUGGGUGGCGCUUCUUUGGUAUUCGCUGACAUGACUGAUAAGCAGAUAACCCUUGAUAAAUUCACCUACUCCGUCCUCGCAAAGGGCCUUUGCAGAAAUGGUUAUAUAACCAAAGCUCUUAAACUCCACAACCAGGUUCUAGAAAAUAACCUCAUUGAAGAUGCAUUUUCACACAAUAUUCUUAUCAAUUUCUUAUGCAAAAGCAACAACAUAACUGGAGUCAGGCAACUAUUGGCCAGCAUGUUUGUACGUGGCUUGGUUCCUGAUGUUGUUACCUUUGGAAUUGUAGCAAGCAGUGUCACUUACAACAUGCUGAUCAACUUUCUGUGUAAGCUUGGUCAUAUUCAAAAAGCAAAGGAGCUGAUGAAGAUGAUGGUUCUACGGGGUGUGCUUCCCGAUAAUAUAACAUAUACAACUCUUGUUACCAAUGCCAGCAAGAAUUGCGGCCCUGAAGAAGUAGUUGAAUUGCAUGACUACAUGGUGCUUAAGGGAGUGGUUCCUGAUAAACUAACCUAUGAUGAUAGAGUCAGGGCCACCAAGGUGUACAAGGAGGAUUGCUGCCAAAAAUGGCGGGACAAAGUCGGAGUCAGGCAACUGGUGGCCAGUAUGUUUGUACGUCGCUUGGUUCCUGAUGUUGUUACAUUUGAUACUUUGGUUGAUGGGCUCUGCAAGGAAGUGAACAUUGAAAGUGCAGUUCAGGAUGAUUUGGUGGAUUUUGCAAGAACUUUGGCAGAUGCCUUACAGGAGACAAAGCUUGACGAGGCAUUUACGUUCUCUGCAGAAAUGGAAAAUGCAGGAAUUUUAGCAAGCAGCGUCACUGACAACACUCUGAUCGACUUUUUUUGUCUCUCGCUACCAAUGCCUACAAGAACUGCAGCCCUGAAGAAGCAAUUGAAAUGCAUGGCUGCAGGGUGCUUAAGGGAGUAG